AAAACAAUGUUCGAUUUAGAAUUAGGGUAUAGGUUUAACCCGUUUCUAACUCCGUGCAGAUAAAUAGAUAGGGCAAGAAUAUUUCCAACACUUGUAUCGUUCUUCCGUCAAAUCAACGCUAAUCACUCAAAAUUCUCUCGAUCGCAUCUCGCUGCUGUUCUAGACAUGUCUGAUGAGGUGGAGUACCGCUGUUUUAUUGGUGGCUUGUCAUGGUCAACGUCUGACAGAGCUCUAAAAGACGCCUUUUCAAAGUUUGGUCAUCUUCUUGAUGCAAAGGUUGUUUUAGACAAGGUCUCUGGGCGUUCACGAGGAUUUGGUUUCGUGACUUUUGAUGAGAAGCAAGCUAUGGAAGAUGCCAUUGAAGCAAUGAACGGAAUAGAUUUGGAUGGGAGGAACAUCACAGUAGACAAGGCUCAGCCUCAAGGCGGUGGAGGUGGAGGUAGGGAUUAUGAUGGCGGCCGUGACCGCGACCGUGGUCGUGAUCGCGGGCGUGAUCGUGACUAUGGGGGCGGUCGUGGCGGGGGUGGUGGCGGUGGCGGCGAUUGUUUUAAGUGUGGUAAGCCUGGACAUUUUGCUAGGGAAUGUCCAAGUGAAGGCGGUGGCGACAGAGGAAGUAGGUAUGGUGGCAGAGACGAUAGGUAUGGCGGGGGUGGACGUGGUGGUGGUGGUGGCCGAUAUGGUCCAGAUAGGAAUGGGGAUCGUUACAGUGGACGCAGCAGGGAUGGUGGUGGUGGUGGAGGCGGAGGGGAUCGUUACAGUCGUGACCGUUCAGGACCGUAUGAGCGCCGUUCAGGCGGUGGUGGUUUUCGGUGAUCGAAAAAUGACCAGUUGCGCUGUGAUGUUAGAAGUCAAAGGUGGUGCUGGAUCUGGAUGGAAACGAUCGGGUUUUUCUUUCUUUCUGCAAGAUGUCGUUUUACUUCGUACGUGCUUAUGAUGUAGUAAUCAAAUGAAACUUUAAUCGACUUGGCACCUGCUACCUAGUACCUACUAUGUUGGAUUGGUUUGGUUGUUAUGAAUGUCGGGUUCUCUAUCUACUUGGUUGCAUCAUAAGUGA